ACCCCAAAACGCUCCUAGGAAGUUUUAAGGCCCAAAGAAGGUCCCAGGGCCAAUGGCCGGAGCUGGGCCGACCAUGCUACUACGAGAGGAGAAUGGCUGUUGCAGUCGGCGUCAGAGCAGCUCCAGCGCCGGGGUUAGCGUGGGCUCGGGUUCUGAAGGAGCAGUCGGGCAGCGACACCGAGCGGGACUCUGAUGGGGAACAGGAGGACUCGCCGGCAGCGCGUGCACGGCAGCAACUGGAGGCACUGCUCAACAAGACCAUGCGUAUUCGUAUGACAGAUGGAAGGACACUAGUCGGCUGCUUCCUGUGCACCGAUCGCGACUGUAAUGUCAUCCUGGGCUCUGCGCAAGAGUUCCUCAAGCCUUCUGAUUCAUUUUCUGCGGGGGAACCCCGUGUGCUGGGUCUGGCCAUGGUACCAGGACACCACAUCGUUUCUAUUGAAGUCCAAAGGGAGAGUCUGUCGGGGGCCCCAUAUCUCUAACCACGAUUGCACUUCUCUUUGAGACCAUUAAACCCUAUGACCGAA